CUGCCACCUGUUUCCAGCGCUUCUUGCGCCUCUUUGAUGCGGGCCAAUGGGAGCGAGCGGCGGAUCUGGAGGCGGAGAGAGGAGGCAGAGAAGUUCGAGGAGAGAGUGAGAGACAGAUUCGCAGAGACAGGGAGCGGAAGACUGAGUGUUAGUCGACAGGUGACCAUGGAGCCCCCCCCCUCACUGAGCUUGGCUCUGCUCGGAGGCAGCGAGGAUGAGGAUCAGCGCUUCCUUCUUCCUCUGGGCAGCAUUUCCCAUCCCUCCACCGCUGGCAACCAGCCAGGUUCCAAUCACUCCAACCACACGGGAGGUUCAAGCCUCGACCGUCUAAAUGGCAGCACCCCGUCCCCGGCACCUGCCACGCCCAAUUUGCCCCCUGCAUCGCUCCCUAAGUUGCCCCUCUCGUCGUCUGGAGCCCAACCUCUCCCCCCGCCCAUCCCUAAUGCCCUGCAUCCCACCAGCACUCCUCUCUCCUCCUGCCUGGGCUCGCAGCACAGCCUGAGUGGGGACAACUCCCCCGUCUACAACGCUCUUUUUUACUCCUCCCACUCGCCCUCCAUGGAUAGAGGGGAUAGAGAUAGGGACCGUGACAGAGAGAGAGACAGGGGCAGCAAGCACCGGCAGGCCAGCCCUCUGGUCCACCGCCGGGACAGUAACCCCUUCACGGAGAUCGCCAUGAGCUCCUGUAAGUACACAGGUGGGGUCAUGAAGCCCCUGAGCCGCCUCAGCGCCUCGCGCAGGAACCUCAUCGACUAUGAGAACAGCAGUGAAACCAAAGAGGGGGCGGUGGCGGCGGUUGCCGGGUUGACGGCGGCCGGUGGACACGACCGGCCGCGGGACACCCUGUCCACCUGCUCAGUGACCCAGUCCUCGACCAAUCAACCCCCCAUUCAGAGCCCCCCAGAGAUCGUGAUUUCAUCCAAAGAAGACUCUCCGUACCCCAGAGGGGGGUAUGACAUCACGGACUCCACAUCCAACCAGAUGUCCAUCUACCAUCAGAAUCAUGCACUAGUGGAGAGCCGGCGAGCUCAGUCAGGACGCAGCAGCAGGCAGGGAGGGGUGGGACCAGUGGCCCCCGGGGCCAGGGGCAGCACCUCCAAGGCCUCCAAAAGGAAGAACCAAAACAUUGGCUAUAAGCUGGGGCAUCGCAGGGCGCUGUUUGAGAAGAGAAAGAGGCUGAGCGACUAUGCCCUCAUCUUUGGAAUGUUUGGCAUCGUUGUCAUGGUGAUUGAGACAGAGCUGUCAUGGGGAGUGUACACUAAGAGUUCCAUGUAUUCUUUGGCCCUGAAGUGUCUAAUCAGCCUGUCCACGGUCAUCCUGCUGGGGCUAAUCAUAGCCUACCACGCACGGGAGGUUCAGCUGUUUGUCAUCGAUAAUGGAGCGGACGACUGGCGCAUCGCCAUGACGAUGGAGCGAGUUCUGCUGAUAGCCCUGGAGCUGCUGGUGUCUGCGGUGCACCCGGUGCCCGGGGACUUUAAAUUCCAGUGGCGGGCACGGCUGGCAUUCUCAUAUGCACCGUCGCAGGCUGAGGCGGACCUGGACAUGGUGCUGAGCGUGCCUAUGUUCCUGCGCCUCUACCUCAUCGCCAGAGUCAUGCUGCUUCACAGCAAGCUCUUCACCGACGCCUCCUCCAGGAGUAUAGGUGCCCUAAAUAAGGUCCAUUUCAACACACGGUUUGUCAUGAAAACCCUCAUGACUAUCUGCCCCGGGACGGUGCUGCUGGUCUUCAGCAUCUCUCUGUGGAUCAUCGCUGCCUGGACCGUACGAGUGUGUGAGAGGUAUCAUGAUGCACAGGACGUGACCAGUAACUUCCUCGGAGCCAUGUGGCUUAUCUCCAUUACUUUCCUGUCCAUCGGCUAUGGAGACAUGGUCCCUCACACAUACUGUGGCAAAGGAGUCUGCCUGCUCACAGGCAUCAUGGGUGCGGGCUGUACGGCUCUGGUGGUUGCCGUGGUAGCCAGGAAGUUGGAGCUGACCAAGGCAGAGAAGCAUGUACACAACUUCAUGAUGGACACGCAGCUGACCAAGAGGAUAAAGAACGCAGCUGCUAACGUGCUGAGGGAGACCUGGCUCAUCUACAAGCACACCAAGCUGAUGAAGAAGAUCGACCACUCCAGGGUCCGCAAACACCAGCGGAAGUUUCUCCAGGCCAUACAUCAAUUACGUAGUGUGAAAAUGGAGCAGCGGAAACUCAGCGAUCAAGCCAACACACUAGUGGACCUCUCAAAGAUGCAGAGUGUCAUGUACGAGCUCAUGUCAGAGCUCAACGAUCGCAGCGAGGACUUGGAGCGACAGAUGCUGUCCCUGGAGCAGCGGGUGGAGCAGCUCACCGCAGGCUUCAACGCCCUGCCUGCUCACCUCUCUGCCACCCUCAGCGCCCAGCACGCCGCUCUGGUGCACCUGCUCCGGGAGAGGGAUGCGAGGGACGGCAGGGGAGGAGGGGGAGGAGCUGUGGUCCCAUCGUCCCCAUCCACGUCUCUAACCAGUGCGCCGGCCUCGGUCUCUUUGACCACCGCGCCGGCCUCGGCCUCUCCGGUCCAGGUCCCAGCUCCUCCUCCGGCCCUGGCGCAGGUCUCUACUUUGUCAAUAGAGUCCCCUCUGUCCCCCCCACCUCUGAGCCCCGAGGCAAGCCUGGAAGCCAGUCCCAGCCCCAACCCCUGCACCUCUAGCUGCUGA